AUGUUUAAUCCUCCUAGUACUGUGUCGGGUGGGACUCGUGUCAAUCCCCACACUACCGAGUACAUGUUUAAUGCGCCUAGGACUGUGUGGGGUGAAACUCGUGUCAAUCCCCAAACUACCGAGUACAUAUUUAAUCCUCCUAGUACUGUGGGGGGUGGAACUCGUGUCAAUCCCCACACUACCGAGUACAUGUUUGAUCCUCCUAGUACUGUGUGGGGUGGAACUCGUGUCAAUCCCCACACUACCGAAUACAUGUUUAAUCCUCCUAGUACUGGCUGGGGUGAAACUCGUGUCAAUUCCCACACUACCGAGUACAUGUUUAAUCCUCCUAGUACUGUGUCGGGCGGGACUCGUGUCAAUCCCCACACUGCCGAGUACAUGUUUAAUCCUCCUAGUACUGUGUGGGGUGGCACUCGUGUCAAUCCCCACACUACCGAGUACAUGUUUGAUCCUCCUAGUACUGUGUGGGGUGGAACUCGUGUCAAUCCCCACCCUUCCGAGUACAUGUUUAAUCCUCCUAGUACUGUGUGGGGUGGAACUCGUGUCAAUCCCCACCCUUCCGAGUACAUGUUUAAUCCUCCUAGUACUGUGUCGGGUGGGACUCGUGUCAAUCCCCACACUACCGAGUACAUGUUUGAUCCUCCUAGUACUGUGUGGGGUGGAACUCGUGUCAAUCCCCACCCUUCCGAGUACAUGUUUAAUCCUCCUAGUACUGUGUGGGGUGAAACUCGUGUCAAUCCCCAAACUACCGAGAAUAUGUUUAAUCCUCCUAGUACUGUGUCGGGUGGGACUCGUGUCAAUCCCCACACUACCGAAUACAUGUUUAAUCCUCCUAGUACUGGCUGGGGUGAAACUCGUGUCAAUCCCCAAACUACCGAGUAUAUGUUUAAUCCUCCUAGUCCUGUGUCGGGCGGGACUCGUGUCAAUCCCCACACUGCCGAGUACAUGUUUAAUCCUCCUAGUACUGUGUCGGGCGGGACUCGUGUCAAUCCCCACACUACCGAGUACAUGUUUAAUCCUCCUAGUACUUUGUGGGGUGAAACUCGUGUCAAUUCCCAAACUACCGAGUAUAUGUUUAAUCCUCCUAGUACUGUGUCGGGCGGGACUCGUGUCAAUCCCCACACUACCGAGUACAUGUUUAAUCCUCCUAGUACUUUGUGGGGUGAAACUCGUGUCAAUUCCCAAACUACCGAGUAUAUGUUUAAUCCCCCUAGUACUGUGUCGGGCGGGACUCGUGUCAAUCCCCACACUACCGAGUAUAUGUUUAAUCCUCCUAGUACUGUGUGGGGUGGAACUCGUGUCAAUCCCCACAUUACCGAGUACAUGUUUAACCCCCCAGGUUUGGGUAGAUUUCAAUAA